AAGAUCCACUCUCGUUUUCAACUUUCCCAAUUUCUUUCCAUCUUCAAUUUUUGUCAUCAAAAUUUCAAAACAUUUCUUCCAUUUACAUUUACACCAUCAAUGGCUACCAAAACAACACAACAACAAAUACCAAAUUCAUCUCCAAAAACCCCCAACAAAAAACCCCCAAAUCCUUUCACUUUCUGGUUUUACUUCACUAUUUCAGUCUCAAUCAUAACACCAAUAUUCAUCACAUUUUCAACUUUUUCAACACAAAAUGACCCCAAAACAUGGUUUCUUACAUUGCCCACAAAUCUUAGAAACCAUUAUUCAAAUGGGAAAUACAUAAAAGUCCAAACAAGACUUGAAAGUGAUUCACUUGAUGUGUUCACAAUCCAAGAUGGACCAUCAGAUUCACUUCAAAAUGUGCUUUUAGUACAUGGGUAUGCAUCAAGUUCUUACCUUUUUACUGAUCUUGUAAAAAAAUUAGGUAAAAAAGGUAUAAAGACUGUUGCUUUGGACUUGCCUGGUUUCGGGUUUUCAGAUAAGUAUGAAAUGGUGACUGAAGAGAAAGUGAUUGAGGGUUUUGGGAGGGUUUUAGAGUUGUAUAACGAGAUUAAAGAAAAGGGCAUUUUUUGGGGUUUUGAUCAGUUAGUUGAGCAAGGUUAUGUGAAUUAUGAUUAUGAAGAGAAUGAAAUUCGGGUGUCGAAAGUAACGAGUUUGAAAGCGGUUGAGUUGGGUUCAGAAGAGAUGGGUAGGGUUUUGAGACAAGUGAUUAAUGCAUUAGGUUUAGCUCCUGUUGAUUUAGUUCUUCAUGAUUCGGCGUUUAAUUUAGGAGCGAAUUGGGUGUCGAAAAAUGUUGAGUUUGUAAGAAGUGUGACUCUGAUUGAUAGUGCAUCGAAUCAGCCGGCUUUUCCUUUAUGGGUUUUGAAAAUGCCAGUACUUAGAGAAGUUGCUUUAGGUUUUGGAUUUUUGUUUGGGAAGGUUAUUGAAAAUUGUUGCUCAAAAUCGGUUGGGGGUUUUGAUGCAGAGGGUCACAGGCUUCUAUUGAAGGGUAGAGAUGGAAGAAAAUCGGCUGUUGGAACGGGGAAUAAAAUGAAUUCUAGUUUCGAUAUUGCCGAAUGGGGUAAACUUGAUGGUGUGAAAAAUUUGCCAAUGCAGGUGAUUUGGUCUACUAGUUGGUCGGAAGAAUGGAUCAAACAGGGACACAAAGUUGCCGCCAUGCUUCCUCAUGCGACCUUUGUCACACAUUCUGGUGGCCGCUGGCCACAGAAGGACACAGCCGAUGAGCUUGCUGAAAGCAUUCAUGAGUUCUUGUCCGGAUUACCAAAACCCAUGAAAGUCACCAAGACAAAAGAGCCUGUACCAGAGCAUAUCCGUGAAAUGCUUGAUGAAGCCCCAUCCAAUGUUCAUCACCAUGGUUUUGGUGGUCAUGACCAUAGCCAUGGUCAGGGUCAGGGUCACGAUGUUGGAUACCCAACUGGCUAUGGACUCAGACAUGAAUUUCGUUGAGAGUUUGAACUACUAUAACUAUAGGCCUGCAAUUAUUGUGGAAGUUUCUUUUUUAGGUGGCUGUUGUAUAAGAAGUAUAAUCCUAUAUUCUAAGUUUUAUAGUGUUUACAGAUUGUUCAAUCUUUUUGUGGAAUUAGUAAGAAAGGUGUUGAGUGUUGACAGAUUUUAAAUUAGGUUCCUGAGUGUUGACAGAUUUCGAAUUAGGUUCCUGAUUGUUGGUAAUCCUCUAGGAUGUUCUUUAA